AUGGAUUCAAGUUCUUCAAUGGCCAGUGAAUGUUAUGAUGAUCAGAUAAAAAUGAAAAGGAUUGAUGCAAUCAAACAGAUGUUUCAUGCCUUUGCCAAUAGGAGUAUGGCUUAUAAUUUUCAUCAUGUUAUCGGUCUUGUCAGAUUUGGUGGGAAGAUUGAAAUACUUCACACGUUCACAGAGAUUUUUGAAACCUUUAAGGAAUACAUAGAUAAUCUUGAGGCAAAAGGAUGUACAAAACUAUAUGAUGCUUUGGAUUACAGCAUCAAGGAACUCAAGGGGAUUAAACAACAAUUUCCUGAAUGCAGCCUUCGAAUUCUAUGUCUCACUGAUGGAAAUGAUGUUGGUUCCUCAAGCAACCCAGUGCAAACUGCUGUCAAACUAAUUGAUUCCAAAAUUGUUGUUGACUCAGUCAUUAUUGGAGAAGUGGAAAAUUAUGUGUUGCAUGGAAUUAGCAAUGUGACUGGAGGCUGUUGUUUUAAACCAUCAUCAAGUGAAAAUGCAUUAAAAAUUUUUGAAAUGGAAACAGUAUUAUCUAUGAAGGACAGGAAACCAAAAAGAAAAUAUGAGGCAUCAUCCAUCUCGACGCUGAAUCAUUUAACAGGUAUCUUUGCCAAAUAUGGCUAUGAUAACCAUCCAGAGGCUGAGCUCCCCAAGGAAAUUAAUGGCAAAAUGACACUGGCACACAAAGUUGUAAAGAAAAAAAGCAAGGAUUUCAAAACAGGAAAAGUGAUGGAGAAGGACAGACGAAUUAUUGAAGAACUCAGGAGUCUCCACUGCUCCCCACAUCCUUAUUACAAAGUGUUUCCAAGUGAAACUGAUAUGACUUUUUGGCAGAUUCUUCUACUUGGCCCACCUGAUACACCAUAUGAGAACGGUGUCUUCCUUCUGUACUGCAAGUUUGAAGAUGAAUACCCCCAGAAACCUCCCCUUGUGAGGUUUAUCACACCAAUAUACCACUGCAAUGUGAACAGUGUGGGGCGCAUUUGUCACCAAAUAUUUGAUCGGAAUUAUUCUGCUCAUAUAACAAUGAAAGAGGUCUUGGAAGCUGUUUAUGGACUUCUGAUUGCACCUGAACCAGAGGAUCCGUUGGACAGCAUUUUGGCUGAGGAAUAUUUGUCCAGCAAAGGAAAGUAUCUGGAACAGGCCAGGAAGACAACAGCUGAUUAUGCUAGUACAUCACUGGAGGACAUGGAGAAGAAAUUAGUGGACAUGGACCUGGCAGAUGAUAAUGCCCCUUCUCAUCUGGUUUGUAAACUGACAAAAAAGAUGUUUGAUGAUCCGGUGAAAACCCCAUAUGGAAAUAUUUACGAGUGCAGAGCCAUCGAGAAACAUUUGAAACUGAGAAAUGUUGACCCUUCAAACAAUAAACCCCUCUGUCAAGCUGAGCUCAAGCCAAGCCUUGAAAUGAGAAGAAUGGUGGAACAAUACAGAAGGAAUCAGAUUAAAGAAACUGCACUGUAA